CUGUCUUUCAACAACUUCUUUGCCUCUACACUUCUGCCUCGACUGAUAUCUCUGCCCAAACUCUUUGUCUUUAAAUAUGUCUGCUUGUGUCUGUAUGUGUGGAUGGAUAUGUGCGUGUGUGCAAGUGUAUACCUGUCCUUUUUUCCCCCUAAGGUAAGUCUUUCCGCUCCCGGGAUUGGAAUGACUCCUUACCCUCUCCCUUAAAACCCACUUCCUUUCGUCUUCCCCUCUCCUUCCCUCUUUCCUGAUGAGGCAACAGUUUGUUGCGAAAGCUUGAAUUUUGUGUGUAUGUUUGUGUUUGUUUGUGUGUCUAUCGACCUGCCAGCGCUUUUGUUCGUUAUCAUCAGAUACAAGUACUCCCAGACCAGUGUUUGUGAUGAUUCAUGGUGGUGGCUUCAGAACAGGUUAUGCUCAGUCAUACUCACCUGAUUUCUACGUUGACAGUGGCAUUUUAGUUGUUUCCAUACAGUACCGACUUGGACCUCUAGGAUUUAUGAGUACAGGUGACUUACUGCUACCUGGAAACCUGGGUAUGAAGGAUCAGGUCCUUGCACUCCAGUGGAUACAACAAAAUAUUGCUGCAUUUGGCGGCAAUCCAGAUGAUGUUACCAUUAAUGGCCAAAGUGCUGGAGGAGCCUCCAUACAUUUCCUUGUGCUGUCACCCAUGUCAAAAGGCCUCUUCAAACAAGCUAUAUCACAAAGUGGAUGUGCAAUCAAUCCUUGGGCAUUUAAAAAAAAUAUUGCAGAUCGGACAUUCCGUUAUGUUUCAUAUUUGGGAUAUGAAGCAAAUAACACUUCAGAUCUAAUGAAUUUUCUGAUGAAUGUUGAAGCAGAAGAACUGGUAAAAUACAAGUCUGUGGGUGUCUCUGAAGAGGACCGUGUAACUUUCUUUAUGACUAUAUGGGUACCAACUCUGGAACCAGAACAUGAAGGUGCUUUUCUGGCAGAGGAACCACGGAUAUUAAUGGCAGAGGGACGUUAUAACUAUGUACCUUAUCUGGCAGGCAUAACAAGUUAUGAACUGCUGGCUAGGACACAAGAAGGUGGUGUGUUCGCAUCUGAAGAAGAUGUAAAGAAUUUGAAUGACAACUUUGAUGCUUAUGUUGCUCAUGAGCUCCGACUGUCAAGCAGAGAAGAGCAGUUAAGAGUCUCUGCAGAAAUUCGACAAUUUUAUUAUGGUGACAAUGAAAUUACUUUACAACUUAACGACUCAACUGCCAAGUUGGCAUCAGAUCUUAGUUUUACGGAAGGAGUAGAUACUGUUAUACGUAACAUGAGUAGAAGUUCUCCGGAACCUGUGUACUAUUAUCAGUUCUCAUUCAACGGACCACUCAAUGUAUACCCUGAUUUUCCAGGAGCUUGCCAUGGGGAUGAUACAAGAUAUGCAAAAAACUAUGUUAAUCUUGAACCAGAUUCUGUUGGAUACAAAGUUGGACUGCAAUUGCUUCAUAUGUGGGCCAAUUUUGUGAAAUACGGUGAUCCAACUCCAGUUAUUGAUGAACUACUUACAGAAGACUGGAAUCAGUAUGAAACAAACAACACAAAUUAUUUAGAGUUUGUUUCACCUCUUUAUACUGGGACUGGCCUGAACAAGGAAAGAAUGGAUUUCUGGCACACUGUAAUGCCAUAGAUAAAUUGUUCAAGGAAACAUACAAAAUGAAAAUAAUGAGUAUAAGAAAAAGCUGAAUAUAUGUGAAAUAUCGUUAAUUUUUGUUGUCAUUUUAGUUAUUGGCAAAACUGUGAUGUAUUUAUUAAUAUCAUUCACCCUUCCUCUGCCAUUAUUUUAACAUUAUGUGCAAACAUAGAGAUUUAUUUUCCAUUCUUAUAUAUUCUGUUUAUUUGUUGUCUUCAUGAGUUAAAAUUACUUUAUACCUAACAGAAAUGACUAUUUUCACACUAAAAAUAAGGUAUUGUGAUGGAGAAAUGCACAGUUUUUAAAAUUAUUUAUAUGAAUGAGCUACGUAAUUUCUUGUAAAUAUGUUUCAGCUAUCACAAAUACUCACCAAACAGCACAUGCAUUGAGUCGUCAAGAGGCAAACACAAAAAAAUUGACAAUGGAUUUCUUCCCCAAGCUAGCAUAAUUUUCAUUCUCUUUUGCCCCUCUUGAUGACCCAAUCCUGCCUUCAAGUAUCACAAUUUGAUAUUAAGUAUAAUUUGUUCAUUAUUGCCAACUAACAUCUGACAA